AUGGAGAAGCGAUGGCCGAUGGAGUAUUGUUUGGGACUUGUAUCGGCGGUUUCGAAGAGACUUUGCUUGGACUACAGCAUCAUCUGAGCUAAUGCCCAAUGGUAUAGAUGCUCUCAGAUCCUUGAAUCUCUUCUCGGAGAUAAUAUAGGUGUGGUAACUCGGAAUGAAGGAAGUGUUGGACAGACGCCAACUGUCAUCGACUUUCUUUUCCCUUUUUUUCUUUUUUUCGAGCGUGCAGCAAUACGGUUCUCAUACGUAUAGCUCGGAACUGGACUGGCCCACUUUGCUGCAGAUGCUGAUUUGCAACGAGUUGUGGCGGCCCCAAGUGAGAUGGUCGAUUUUAAGGGGGGUGGAGGGGGGGGAAAGAAGCUGGAUUCGGAAAUUCGGCGUAAGAUGAUUCUUAGGCCAGGGUAAGUUCAAUCUUUCUUAAUUGACAUCUAUGAGAUUU